AUGGCCCAUCCCUCCCGUCGAAUGCCUCUGGCGAGCCUUGCCAACGCCCCCAACUCUCCACACCGCCCACUCACCAACAGUGGCUCGAAACGACCUCGCAGCCUGGCCAAUGUCUCCCAACAAGAGAAUGAACCUCCUCAGAAACGGUUGGCGGUAGAGAAAAACGAACACCCCAGUAAACGUGUGGCUGUCGAGACAAAGAUGCGGGACACCCAUCCUCCCGUGACGCCGCAGAGGCAGCCACAACCCUCGGUGGCAGAGGAUCGCGUCUUUGAACGAGGACAUGGAGACUCGGGGUCGACGGCUUUCCAAAGAAAGCUGGUGGCCGCCCGGGACAAGAGUGCCGGGCUGCGGGUGACCAAGAAUGUCGACCUGUCCACCAAGGAAGAGACCAUUCGGACAUGGCAGAAACAUUACCGCCGGCUGUUCCCCUCGUUCAACUUCUACUUUGACGGCGUGUCGGAGGAGGCCCGGUCUCGCUUUCUCCGACAGAUAGCAUCUCUUGGAGCGAAAGAAGAAAAGUUCUUCUCAAAAGCAGUCACACAUAUCGUCACCACUCGCCAUGUUCCUACCGACACCAAAAAUGCCAACGAUGCUGACCAUCCUUCUCCCGUCGAAGAUCACCCCCAAACGAUCAACCCGUCCCUGCUCGAAAAGAACCCGCGAGGACACAUGGCGACGAAUGUCAGACGGGAUGGAAUGAAUCAGAUGGAUAUCCUGGUUCGCGGCAAGGAAAUGGGGAUGAAGAUCUGGGCAGCAGAAAAGCUUCAAAGAGUAUUGGGGUCGAUCCUGGAAGAUUCGGCCGGUCAUGGUCAUCAUGCUCGGGGGUCGACACACACAACUCGACACCAACACGAAGAUCUGGGACAGGUGUUGAGGAAUGAAAAGCUAGGGACGGCAUCGGAGAGAGAACAGCCUUUUCUGUCCCUGGUGUCGUUCAAGGGCCCUUUUAUCUAUGUCCAUGACAUGGAGGAGAAAUAUCGGCCCACCAUGGUCAGGGAAUACCCGAAAGUGGCCCGACGGUCAGAUGGAGAGUGGCCCCAGUUUCGCUCUGCCAGUGUGGGCAAAUGUCCUUUUGUCGAAGACCUGGCGAUGAAGAAGGAGAUUGAACAGGAACGCAAACGAGCCAACUUGGCUGCCAUGCAGCAACAACAACAACGGGAACAGCAGGCCCCUCGAACACGCUCACACAUGACGGUUCAGUCGACGAAAGCCGAUCCACCCCGUCGUGCAAGCCCACGGAAGGCACUGGGUGUCGUCCCGAACAACACAGCCAUGGAUGUGGAUGUGGAGAAGAAGGACAACAGAGACCAUGGCGCCGCAGAACGACAAUCUUCUUUCCCUCCCAUGCCUGAACGGCCUGCCUUCGAAUUUGUCCGCCCGGCACAACUGCACAUGCCUCGAGAACCUGCGGCAUCGGGAAUUCAACGGUCGAAUCUGACUUCUGCCAUUCAAUCGCAGAUGAUUUCUUCCACUGCCGGUACUGGUGUCAAGGCGGGAACGAGCAAGGAAGUCCAUCAUCAAUUGAAACGCCAAGUCCUGGAACGGACCCAUACAGGGAGUCUCUCUGUCGGGUCUAUCCCGUCGUCGCACCGCAUGAAUGACCUUGCCGGGGCUUUGAAGACUGUUCGAGCGCCUGCUCCACAACGAGCGGCGAAAAGUAAGGCGCAAGAAAAGCUUGGAGGUAUUCAAGAAGAGGGCGAGUCCCAUGCCGAUGAUCUUGCUGCCGAACGAGCCAUGCAGUCGACCCGGAGGAAGAAAGUUGUCAAGAGAGAUCCCAAACCAGGAUAUUGCGAGAAUUGUCGUGACAAAUAUGACGAUUUUGAAGAGCAUAUCGUUUCACGCAAGCAUCGAAAGUUCGCCAUGACCCAGUCGAACUGGACGGAACUUGAUGCCCUGCUUUCCCAGUUGCAAGCUUCAUGA